AUGAAGUUCCUCCCAUUCUUCACUCUAUUUCUCUUUGCCAAUGGUGCACCGUUGCUGCCCAGCACUCUUCUUCCUCUCCUGUUUUGCGAGUCCACCACGACCAUCAGUGUCGGGGGUACAUACACCGCCACCAGGACCAGUACCGUGACUUCAGCCACACGGACUGUCACCGUCACCGCGCCUCCGUCUGUCUCCAUCACGCGGACCUCAACUACGAUCUUUACUCCCACGUCGAUCACUUGCUUGAGCACUGCAACAACCUUUUCCCCGUACAGACCGCCGCUUGUGACUCUGGCAGCGCGCGAUCCAGCUCCCCAGAUUGGCUGUCCAACAGCACCCCCCAUCACCAUCAUACCUCCCACCGCCAUCCCUGGGCCGUGCACCAAGAUUGAGGGGGACAUUGAUAUCGUGACAAGCACCGUCACAACCACAGUAUCUGGUGUCGCAACAACAACCACAACCCCGAUUAUCGCCCGCUUAAACUACUACCAAUACCUCAACGGCUACAACUACAACAACCCCAACGCCGGUGGCCUCGGCGGCGGCGGCUACGCAACCUCACACUGGAACGGCAACUACAGCUUCUACACCAGCGGCCUAACCCGCAACAUCAACUUCGAGUCCCCCAACUGGCCCACCGGCGGAGCAACCUGCCAACUCCCGGGUCAAGCCGCCGCAACCGUCUGUUCCCAGUGGACCGUCGUCUUCCAGGGCUUCCUCUUUGCCAGGGCCCCUGGCCGGUAUACCGUGCACUCCCCGACAAGCGCGGAGUCGCGCCUCUGGCAGGAUAACUCGGGGUUCUGGUGGGGUGGCCCCGAGGCGUACUCGCAAUACGCUGAUGGGAAUGUGGAUGGGGGUGCAGGGGGCAGUGCCGUACCGGGUGUGCCGAACUCGGUUAGCUAUAGCCUUGUCGCGGGGCAGUUCUUGCCCAUGACGUUUAUUUAUUCGAAUGGGCAAGGCCCCGCCGCGAAUCGGAUUGAUAUCACUGCGCCGGAUGGGAGGAGGUAUCCGGAUGAUUUGAGUUUGUUUGUUCCGCCGUGUGCGGAUAGUGCGUUUGUACCCUGA